AUUUGGGAUUUUUUUCUUUGCGCAUAAGAAGGCCAGGUUCAACAUAUUGACUCUUGUUAGUUUGAUGUAAUUUUAAGAACUUUGUUUUCUUCCCAGACAUCGAUUUUUACUCCAGCCUUUGGAUCAGAAACUAAGGUCAGAAUAAACAGUAAUAUGAGGACUGAAGACGUAAUAGAGCAACUUCUCCAAAAAUUUAAGAUUGAAAAUAGUGCCCAAGAUUUUGCACUUUACAUUAUUUUUGCAACAGGAGAGCAGAGACGGCUAAAGAAGACAGAUGUCCCACUGCUGCAUAGGCUCUUGCAGGGACCUUCCAAAGACAAUGCUCGCAUUUUCCUCAUGGAGAAAGAUGCAGAAGAAAUUAGCAGUGAUGUGGCUCAGUACAUUAACUUUCAUUUUUCUCUCCUGGAAUCCAUCCUUCAAAGAUUAAAUGAAGAAGAGAAGAGAGAGAUCCAAAGAACAAUAACCAAAUUCAGUACAGAAAAGGCUAUUAUACUGAAAUGUCUUCACAGUAAACGGGUAGGAAAAACGGAGACAGCGGUUUAGCAGUACAAAGCUGCAAUUGCUAAAACACUCCAAGAGAAUCAGAGGGAUAUUACUAUUUGAUGAAUGCAUGCAUUCCACCCUUGCAUGCAUACAAAUAUAUAUGAACUGGAAUCUGUGGGAAACUGAAUGUCGAAAAAGCUUGUCUCCCUUUGAAGUGAUGAGGUUAACUAGGGUUCACAGUUGCACUGAAAGGGGCUUGAAUUUAGUUUCAGUAGCUGAAACAAGCUUGGAUACUGUGUAUUCCAAAUACUUUAAUAGUAAAACACUCAGUGAACUCGAAUCUAAAUGGUGUCUUCAGAUGUCAUGUAACUGAAGCUUCUUUUAGCUCAAACUGUCAAGGGAACUAGAGCAUCAUCAACUGAUUCUCAGAAAUGAUUCAGAAGUAGAACUGAUUCUGCAAUGAUUCAGAAGUGAGCACACUGAGCAUUGCCAGCUCUUGAAAUAAAAAAGAAGCACAUUCUCACCCUACCAAGGAAUCGGGGCGGAACAGUGUUUCGCAGCUCCCUGAAAACUCCAGCAUCUUUACGAAAUCCAGGACUGUCUCUGUAUGGUCGGUGGCUUUUGGCUAUCUGUAACAUUAGAGCUAUCUGUCCUUUGGGAUGGAAAAGCUUAUGGGCUCUGUUAAGAAACCUAAAUUGCAAUUUUCUCAACCUGAGCCCUUUUAUACCCCACUCUGUUCUACUCAAGACUUUCAAAAGUAUUCUUAAGCAUUUUUAAUGUCA